CCCGCUGCGGAGGUUCAGCGGCCUCAAGAACCACGUUGGCGACACGCGCGGGGUGUGGCCCAGAGAAAUCGUGGUCUUCGUUGGCUUCGCGAGAACCUAGUCCAUAACCAAGACAAAGGGGUCGUAUACAUGGCCGAUGAUGAUAACACAUACUCUCUUCAACUCUUCGAGGAGAUUCGAACGACCAAGCGUGUUUCGACCUGGCCUGUGGCUUUUGUUGGAGGACUCCUCUGGGAGGGAUGUGUCACAAAACCCGAGGAUCCACAAGUGAUUGAGAAAAUGUGGUCCGUAUUUAAGCCCUGGCGGGUUUUCCCCGUCGACAUGGCAGGCUUUGCUGUCAACUUAGAUCUAAUACUGUCUCACCCCAACGCGGAGUUUGUUUACCACAAGAAACCCGGCCUUCUGGAGACGGAGUUUCUCAAGUUGCUGGGACUUCGGAACUUCACUGAAAUGGAGCCUAAGGCAGAUGGUUGCAAGCGGGUAAGUGCCUGCCGCAUAUGA